UUCCCUCCGCCCUUUCCCGGUGGCUGCUGCCGCUGCUCCCGCCGUCCGCCUGGGUCGUUCCUGUGGCGGCGGUCGCAGCAGGCAGCAUGGCGGCGGUGGAAGCCCGGGUGUGCGAGACGGCGGGCUGCAGCAGCGAGGCCAAGCUGCAGUGCCCCACCUGCAUCAAGCUGGGCAUCCAGGGAUCCUACUUCUGCUCGCAGGAAUGCUUUAAAGGAAGUUGGGCUACUCACAAAUUGCUACACAAGAAAGCAAAAGAUGAGAAAGCAAAACGAGAAGUUUCUGCCUGGACUGUAGAUGGAGACAUAAACACAGAUCCCUGGGCUGGUUAUCGAUAUACUGGGAAACUCAGGCCACAUUAUCCACUGAUGCCAAUGAGGCCUGUGCCGAGUUACAUUCAAAGGCCAGAUUAUGCAGAUCACCCCUUAGGUAUGUCCGAGUCAGAACAGGCUCUUAAAGGAACUUCUCAGAUAAAGAUCCUUUCUUCAGAAGAUAUAGAAGGGAUGCGAGUUGUCUGUAGGCUUGCUAGAGAAGUCUUAGAUGUUGCUGCCGUGAUGGUGAAACCAGGUGUAACUACUGAAGAAAUAGAUCAUGCUGUUCAUUUAGCAUGCAUCGCCAGAAAUUGCUACCCAUCGCCAUUGAAUUAUUACAAUUUUCCUAAGUCUUGCUGCACAUCAGUAAAUGAAGUCAUCUGCCAUGGCAUUCCAGACAGGCGACGCUUACAAGAAGGCGAUAUUGUUAAUGUGGACAUUACUGUUUAUCGUAAUGGUUAUCAUGGAGAUCUCAAUGAGACAUUUUAUGUUGGAGAAGUGGAUGAGGGUGCAAAACGAUUAGUUCAGACGACAUAUGAAUGCCUAAUGCAAGCAAUUGAUGAAGUAAAGCCUGGUGUACGGUAUAGAGAAUUGGGAAAUAUUAUACAGAAACACGCUCAAGCCAAUGGUUUUUCAGUAGUUCGGAGCUACUGUGGGCAUGGGAUUCAUAAGCUUUUUCACACCGCUCCCAAUGUGCCACAUUAUGCCAAAAAUAAGGCUGUUGGAGUAAUGAAGCCUGGUCAUGCAUUUACGAUAGAACCAAUGAUCUGUGAAGGUGGGUGGCAAGAUGAAACCUGGCCCGAUGGCUGGACUGCAGUUACCCGAGAUGGCAAGCGGUCUGCUCAGUUUGAGCACACACUCCUAGUCACGGAUACCGGGUGUGACAUCUUAACCCGGCGGUUGGAUAGCAUUCGUCCUCACUUCAUGACCCAAUGCUAGUAUAAGCCACGUGAAGACCUUGAAAUGAGCAUUUUGUACUAUUCAUUUUACUAAUGUACAGAAUGGAAGGGGGAUUUUAUCACCUGUUUUCUUGUCAUUGCCUAUAGAUAAGGGAAAUGCAAAUCUGCACCGUACAACUCAGAAGAAUCUGAUGCAGAGGACCCCAACACUGUUUGAACUUUUAAAAAUUUCCAAGUAGCACCCCUUUGUUUUCCUUUCCACCUACCAAAAGAAAACAACAAAAACAAACAAACAAAAAGCUGGGAUUCAGAUGAUUUUGUCACUGCCAGUUGUCAGCUGGUGUACCUAAGACAACGUUUUCAUGGUGAAUGUGAGAGCUUACUUUAGGUUUUGAACUUUUCUUGUUCCAAAGGCAAUCCCUGCUUAGCUUGUGCUGCAAAGGCAGUUUUAAACAGGCUAGGCUUUCAUCUGUUUACAACUCAGAGGUGGCAUUAUAUACUACAUAAAUGAAACUAGUACUGUGUACUAGUCCCUCUAGUGUAGAACCUUGCUGCCUUUCCUUCUACCAUUUUGGUUGCCUGUGUUGUAAUUGUACAUAGAAGUACAAUAACCGCUAGUUAAUGAAGAGUUUGCCUUUGCCCAGGUGUUCUCUGUGAAAAGCCGUGAAGUGAGGCAGGGAGGCCAAAAUUACUGAGAUCCUGCCUGGUUUGAGCUUUUACUAACUUACGGCUUUAAGAUGGGUAGCACUUGACAGACAAUAAGGUUCUAAAAUUCCACUACUAAAAAGCUGUUAUUUCAACUGAAAUAGAAAAAAAAUACAAAGAAUUCCUGUCUACCAUGCAUAGUAACAUUUGUGACUCUAUAUGACUUCAUUGCCAUGAUCAAAUAUCCACUGUAGGGCUGGCUCACUUGAUAAGAUUUCAUCACGGUACCCCAAGUGAUACUUUGGGAUUGUGAAAUGCAGCUGUCAGGAACUGGAUCAGAAAUGGUUGCUUUUUAGUCCAUAACAACUGAAAUCACUCCAGAUUAAAGGGGAAAACUUUGCCAGUGGUAAUGAGAACUGAGCCACAAACAGGAAAGUAAGAUAUGAUACAUGUUUCCCAAGGCAUAUUUUAUCACAUUAUUUUUCUGAAAUGUUCUUAGGCAUUUGAUAAAGCAGGUGAAGGUGCUGUUGCAACUGGCCAAUGUGAUGCUUCAUGACAAGGAAGCUGUUGUAGCAAAGAUAAUGCCUUUGAAAUGUGCAAGAUUUGGACAUAAUUCAUAGUCCUGGAAAUAAUUCAUCUUUUCCCCAAAGGCCCUUAGAGCAGCAACAAAGGUGAUAGUAUGAUAAUGUCCCUUUAUAUGAAUUGGUUAUACAGAUUUACCAUAGUUGUGUCAGGGAAGGCUUCAUUUUGUUGGCCAGUUGCUGUUUUCCAUCUAGCUUUGUAUUCUGUAAUGAGAAUGAUUUUUCAACCACAUUUUUAAAUUCUGGUGCCUACUUCAUCCAUACAGUGUUGAAGUACAGCAACAGAAAUGAAGACAAAUAAAAGUCAUAAAAUCAUGGGCAUAA